AGGGGAGGGCACACAUGGUGGUAGAAAGGGCUGUAGAGGGCGGUGACUCCAGAGACAGCUCGGUUCCCUUGGAUAAGCCAGAGACUUGGGAGCUUUUGUGCACCUUGAGUCUCCAGGAUGAGGCCUGCGCUUGCCUUGUGCCUCCUCUGUCCUGCUUUCUGGCCCGGGCCAGGGAGUGGCGAGCACCCCACGGCAGAUCGAGCUGCCUGUUCGGCGUCGGGGGCUUGCUACAGCCUGCACCACGCGACCAUCAAGCGGCGGGCAGCCGAGGAGGCCUGCAGCCUGCGCGGCGGGAUUCUCAGCACCGUGCACUCAGGCUCGGAAUUGCGUGCAGUGCUCACGCUCCUACGAGCAGGUCCCGGGCCUGGCGGAGGCUCCAAGGACCUUCUGUUCUGGGUGGCUCUAGAGCGCGGCCGUUCCUACUGUACCUUGGAGAAAGAGCCUUUAAGGGGUUUCUCCUGGCUGCCCCCGGACCCAGGAGACUCGGAGGACAACACGCUGCCGUGGGUAGAGGAACCACAACGUUCCUGCACCGUGCGAAAGUGCGCCGGGAUCCAGGUCACCGGGGGAGUGGAGCCUGCAGGCUGGAAGGAGAUGAGCUGUCACCUGCGCGCUGAUGGCUAUUUGUGCAAGUAUCAGUUUGAGGCCCUGUGCCCCGCGCCGCGCCCCGGAGCCGCCACUAACUUAAGUUUCCGUGCUCCCUUUCGGCUGAGCAGCUCCGCUCUGGACUUCAGCCCUCCUGGGACCGAGGUGAGUGUGAUAUGUCCCGGGGGGGACCUCUCCGUCUCCGCCACCUGCAUCCAGGAAGAGACAGGCGCUCGCUGGGAUGGGCUUUUCCCUGGGGCUGUGCUCUGUCCCUGCUCUGGGAGGUACCUUCGUGAUGGCAAGUGCGUGGAGCUCCCAGACUGCCUAGACCACUUGGGAGGCUUCGCCUGCGAAUGUGCUGCAGGCUUUGAGCUGGGGAAGGACAGACAAUCUUGUGAGGCGAAAGGGGAAGGACAGGCAACAGUUGUGGGCACCAAGCUGCCCACGAGGCAUGCAUCAGCCACUCCAGCCAACCCAGUGACAAACAGAACAUGGCCAGGCAAGGUCCAUGAGAAGCUAGGAGAGAUGCCCCAGGUCACUGGACAAGACAGUUUUGCGACAUCUAUUUCCGAGAUUCUUCAGUGGGGAACACAGAGUACUUUACCUACUGUUCAUAUGUCCCCACAAACCAAGCCAAAAGUCACCAUCAGGCCUUCAGGAAGCGUGAUCCCCACAAUGAACUACGCAACUUCCCCCUCUGUUGCCCCGACUUUCGACUCCUCCUCCACGGUGGUCUUCAUCCUUGUGAGCAUAGCAGUAAUCGUGUUGGUGAUCUUGACCAUAACAGUGCUGGGACUUUUCAAACUCUGCUUCCACAAGAACCCUUCCUCCAGGACAAGGAAAGGAGCUUUGGACUCACGGGGGGUGGAAAGAAAUGCUGAGGCCACUGCUUUGAGCCCCAAUUCUGCACAUUGCACUGACAAUGGGGUGAAGGCUGGGGACUGUGGUCUGCGAGACCGAGCUGAGGGUGCCUCCCUGGCUGGGUCCUCACUUGGCUCAGAGGACACUUAGGGGAACAACCCAAUGGACAUGUCUUGUGCAGACUUUCAAUUCCAAUAAACUGGGAGAGAAGAGAUUUCUCUCAUGGCGGUUCCUACGGAAGUUCUCCUUCCCAUAAAUGAAUUCUCUUUACACCACCAGGUUGCUGAAUCUGCAAAGCACAUUCAUUCCCUGAAAGUGGAAGAGGUGGUGGUGGGCCUUAGGCUAAUACUGGAGGACAGACUGGAAAAUGGAAGGAGGCAUUUUCCUGGGUUCUGGGGGAAUUUGGAGAAAUACUUAGAUGGUUCCAGUAUUGAAAGCAAAAAAAUUCCACAAUUUUUGGAACAUUUGUUUUCAUCAAAAUGAGAAAUAAAUGUCUAUAUUAUUCAGGCUAGGAAAGACUGGGUUUAAAUUUUGAGGCAAAUAAUAAAGCAUUGCUGAUAAUCUAGACUAAAAUGUGUUUGACUUCUGCAAAGGGGCUUAUCCAAGAGUACAACACGCUGAGGACAGUAACUGGCUGCUGGGAAGAGGCAUGAGUACAUUCUGUGCUUUGAGGGGAAAAGUCCUUAUACCCUAGCUCUUUCAGAACUAAUGAAGUUUCCCUGUUUUCUUUUAUCCUUCGCUUUCAAAGUCACCGAGACAGUGUGCUCUGCUAUAAAUUCUAAGUGCAGUGUUGCCAGUUUCUGACUCUAGAAGCAAAUUACAGUUGACCACCAAUUCAAGUGUUUACUGUGUGCCCUUGCCCAAGGAAACAAAUGAUUUGUGUCUUCCUUUUCCAAUGUUUGUGCUUGCAGUGUAAUGACCUUCCUCUCCAAACCACCUCGGAGACAUCAGGAUGCCGAUCCUCACUUCCAAUUACGAUGAUGUUAAUUCUCAAUUAAAACGUUAAUGCUAAGUAUUGAUCUGAAAUCUUCUGGGUGCAUUAAAGCAAAAGAAGCUUGGCUUUUUCCAAAGGUGCUAGAUUCUUGUGCCCCAUUUAAUCUAUGGGGGGGGGAAACACCCUGAAUGUCAAACCAUUUCUGUUUCUUCUCAAUAGAGUGUGUAUACAAUGACAGUGUGUGUGCGUCAGGGGUUGUUAAAAUUGAACAAGAGUCUUCACAGGCGAAACCAUGUGAAACAGCUCUCCAUAUAAUUAACAGUGUAAGAAAUGAUAAAUAAAAACCUGUCAUCUUGUUAUAACUUGAAGUAUUAAAUAAUAAAGAUCACAGAUUUGUGUGGUAAAUAAUUAAGGCAUAAUAAAAAUAAUUAUUUGGUAAAAUCGAAAGGACUUGGAGAACAUUCAGUUAGUGGCAAGAUUUUUUUUAGGUGUUGUAAAGGUUGGUAUGUGAAGUGAUACAGAAAUAAACAUACCCAUGGCAGGAAAUUAAAGUAGGAUAAAACUGGGGCUAUAUUUCUCUAGAAUCACUUUUUAUACUCUUGAUUGUAUUGUGAAUAUCAUGGAAAGUUAAUUUAAAGUAAGCAAAUAGCCAAUUAUAAAAUAAUCCAGAAAAUUAAGAGAGCUCAAUUAUGAAUCUAUGUUAUAAACAUAAUUAUAUGUUUUAAUAUUGAAGGAAUAAAUUCAUAGUUAGAUUGUUUCAUAUUUUGGAUAUAAUUUUAAAUUCUUACAGAUAAAUAAAAUCACAAACUAAUAUGAAUUAACAAGUGUUAAGUUUGUUCAGUUCAAAGCUAGAGUUAACAACUACAUGAGUAAAUGGUUCAUCCCAAAUUUCUCUACUCCUCAGCAAUGUAUUACAGUUUUACUUGUUCUUAGCAUUAUUGUUGUCUGCUCACCAUAUGAUCUCUCGGUAGUGGUGACAGCUAUUCUAGUAGAAUAUAUUGUUUGAUUUUAUAACUUGAAAAAUAGCCUCAUCUAUAAGUGGACUGAACACAUACUCACGCACACAUAUAUACUUAUAUGCACAUAUAUACAUACAUGAUAGAUAAAUGGUUGUGUAUGUAUGUAUAUGAAUAAACAUAAAUAUUCUGUAUUAAGGAAGGAUUACCUUAUAUUAUUCUUUCAAAAAAACAGAGCAUGCAUAAUUAACUUAUUACACAACAUGCAACAGAUGACACUGUGGAUCUAGGGCUCUAAAUUCCAUAAGUGAAGAAAAAAAAUCAUGUCAACCCAAUUACUUGGCUAUUGUCCUCUGUUAUUCUCCUUCACAAAUCAGAGAAGAAUUAAAGAACAUUAUCUGCUUACAUCUUAAAUUUCUUGACAGAUUAGACAACAAAGAACUUCCUUUGAUUUCUGGCUAUGGUGUUGGCUUCUCAGAAACAUUAAUAGAAAGGUAGAAUAAGGCCAGUCAAGCACGUGGCCUCUUGAGUAUAUUUGUAGCUGGGGACAAUGUUCUUACUACUAUUUCUCUACUACCUACUAUGUUCUCAGCACCUUUGGGUUCGUCCCUUUGUCAGUAAAAGCCCUCCACACAAAUCCAUCUUUUCGUUUCCUACUCACUCUUUCCUUACAACUAAACAUGAAAUCUCUCCUACAGUCUUUUCUCUACUCUAAAUCCUGUCAUAUCUUACACAAUAAGACCAACUUUUGCAUAAAAUAUAGUGCCCACACACUUCAGUUAUUCUAGUCUCUAUACAAAGUGACCUCUACUUCAUUUUUGUCAUCCAUUCCAUAUCCACACAAAUUAAGAUGAUGCUAAAGCUCUCUCCCAUCCCAGACCUCAAAGUCAGACUUUCAAGUGGGGUGUUAAGAACUGUGCUUUAAUGAAUUUUCCUGUGAUUAGAGGCAAGUGGUUAUUGGUUGAACUUUAACAUGCUUCCUUUUUUAAAUUAGUGAGACUAUCAAAGGAGAGUAGCUUGAGAUUAAACCAUUCUUUUAUUUUUCUUUAUUUUUUAAAAAUAUUAUAUAUAUUGAGGUUGAAUGUUUACUAAAACGGGUUGUUUUCUGUGAAUGUUAAAAGAGUAACCAACAACUAGCAGUUUCAAAAUUAGCUUAAGCUUGUUCUACAGGAGGAAACUCGUAUGACCAAGAAUCAUGGCCGGGGAGCUCAUAGGCCUUAGACAUGAACAAGUACUAUUAUUUUGCAAAGUAGACAUAGUGUCAAACCUCCUUCCAAAUACUUAUUAUUAUAACCAUAGAUCAAUGAAGUUCCCACUGUCUCGUUAGGGAAGCUUAUUACAAAGGAUGGUGGUUAACAAAGAGACUCACAACUGGUCAAAAUACAGAAAAUGAAUGCCCAGCUGCAAAUGGGCAUCUGUGCAUGGUUCAUCAUGGAAGAGGGAACAGACAGAUAGACAGAGUCAAAGGUCAUGGGGAUCUGCUUUAAAACUGUCUUUGGGACAUGACAGAGCCAUGUGCUCAUACAAUUAUAGCAGCUGUGGUUGACCACACAGGAACUGCACAAGAUCAAGCCAAGCAGCGUUCUAUGUAAGACAUGGGAGAGGUCCACAAGGCCUCACCUGUCAUUGAGGAGUUAUUGGCAGUUGGUGGUUGAGAG